CAAUCAAAGACUCGCAUGGCCCGCCUCUAACCUCUGCCCUUUUGCCGCGAGGGCACGCGGGAAAUCCUGAGUGCAUCUGGAAUCCCGAGGGCGGCUAAGACGAUGGCCACCUCGUCGGUGUCCAAGGGCUGCUUUGUGUUUAAGCCAAAUUUUAAGAAGAGAAAGAUCUCUGUGCCAGUAGAGGACUAUUUUAAUAAAGGGAAAAGUGUGUCUGAAGACAGUAAGCUCCGAUUUGAAACUUACCAGCUGAUAUGGCAACAGAUGAAAUCUGAAACUGAGCAAUUACAAGAGGAAUUAAAUAAAAACCUGUUUGACAGUCUAAUUGAAUUUCUGCAAAAGUCUCAUUCUGGAUUCCAGAAGAAUUCAACAGACUGGAGCUGUCAAAUAAAACUCAGAGAAAUUCCAACUGCUGCACUUGUUCUAGGUGUGAAUGUAACAGAUCAUGAUUUAACAUUUCGAAGUCUAACAGAGGCCCUUCAGAAUAAUGUCACACCAUAUGUAGUUUCAUUGCAAGCUAAAGAUUGUCCAGAUGUGAAGCAUUUUUUGCAAAAGCUGGCCUCACAAUUGAUGGACUGUUGUGUAGAUGUGGAAUCCAAAGAAGAGGAGAGUGUUCAGGUCACCCAGAAAAAGACAUAUUAUUCAGUGGGUUUCCUUUCCAGUUGGUAUAGGAAUGUCACACAGAAGACAGACCCAAAAUUGCCAAGCAAAAAAAGGACUUUGUCUAGCGAAUGGCAGUGUCCUCCUGUUGUGCUUAUCUUGAAGGAUAUGGAAAGCUUCACCACAAAAGUGCUUCAAGACUUCAUAAUUAUCAUCAGUCAACAUCUACAUGAAUUUCCACUAAUACUCAUUUUUGGAAUCGCCACAUCUCCUAUUAUCAUCCACCGGUUGCUUCCUCAUGCAGUGUCAUCACUAUUGUGUAUAGAACUAUUCCAAUCUGUGUCUUGCAAGGAGCACCUGACUAUAGUACUUGAUAAGCUACUUCUUACAACUCAGUUUCCCUUUAAACUAAGUGAAAAAGUGUUACAGGUUCUAACCAACAUCUUUUUGUAUCACGAUUUCUCAAUUCAGAAUUUUAUAAAAGGACUUCAGCUUUCUCUAUUAGAGCAUUUCUAUUCCCAACCACUCAGUGUUUUGUGCUGUAAUCUCCCAGAAGCGAAAAGAAGAAUAAAUUUUUUAUCACACGUUCAAUGUGAAAACAUCCGACGUCUUCCAUCCUUUAGGAGGUAUGUGGAAAAUCAAGCUUCAGAGAAGCAAGUUGCAUUAUUGACCAACGAAAGAUUUUUAAAGGAAGAAACACAAUCACUAUUAGAAAACCUGCAUGUUUACCAUACAAAUUACUUCCUGGUUCUGAGAUGUCUUCAUAAGUUCACCUCUUCUCUUCCCAAGUACCCCUUGGGUCGACAGAUCAGAGAGCUGUACUGUACAUGUUUAGAAAAGAACAUAUGGGAUUCAGAGGAGUAUGCAUCAGCCUUGCAGCUGCUGAGGAUGUUGGCAAAGGAUGAGCUGAUGAUCAUACUUCAGAAAUGUUUGGAUGUCUUUAAAUCGUCUUCUGGAAAGCAGUUUGGCAGCACAGCAAAGAGAAUAGAGGAAUUCCUGGCCCAGUUUCAGAGCCUUGAUGCGGAAGCCAAAGAGGAAGAAGAUGCUUCUGGGUCACAGCCAAAGGGGCUUCAGAAGACAGACCUCUAUCAUCUUCAGAAGUCCUUGCUGGAAAUGAAGGAGCUGAGAAGAACGAGUAAGAAGCAAACCAAGUUUGAAGUACUCAGAGAAAAAGUUGUGAACUUCAUUGACAGUCUGGUGAGAGAAUACCUUUUGCCUCCAGAGACACAGCCUCUGCAUGAGGUGGUGUACUUCAGUGCUGCCCACACCCUCCGAGAGCACUUAAAUGCUGCUCCGCGAAUAGCCCUCCACACUGCCCUCAACAACCCUUACUAUUACCUCAAGAAUGAAGCUCUGAAGAGUGAAGAAGACUGCAUUCCAAAUAUCGCACCAGACAUCUGCAUAGCAUAUAAACUGCACCUAGAGUGUAGCAGGCUAAUCAACCUUGUGGACUGGUCAGAGGCCUUUGCAACAGUUGUGACAGCUGCUGAAAUGAAUGCAAAUUCUACAGUCUCGGAAGAAAUGAAUGAAAUUAUCCAUGCUCGGUUUAUUAGAGCCGUUUCUGAGCUAGAACUUUUAGGAUUUAUAAAACCUACCAAACAGAAGACUGACCAUGUGGCAAGGCUAACAUGGGGAGGCUGCUAGAAGGCAGAUGAGUGAAGCCAAAGGAAUCACGUUUAGUUUAAGAGAAAAAGGAGACUAGUCAUAUUUACAUCACUAUAGGAGUUUAUUUUGGUGAGAAUGUGUAAUCCCACAUGAUGUUUAACCAGAAAAUAGCCAUGUGUUAACCCCAAAUGGGUGUAUAUCAAAAAUCUUUGGAAUACUUCAGAAUCCAACAAAUAACACUCUUACAUUGUAACUAAAAGCUCUCUCACAUUAUUGCUGUAACUUUCAAAAAGUCAGUACUAAAUUAUGAGUGAAUUGUUCUUGAGCAUAUGUAGUGUAUAAAUAUAAUAAAUUCCUUUACCUGGGAGAAUAAAUUAAUUAUUUACAAUUGGUUUAGCAGUUCUCAUUCCUCCUCCCCCAAUUUCUAGCGUUGGCAUUCCUCCUUCUAGUAAGCUGUACAGUAAGUAACAUGAAUAUCCUACAGGUUUAUUUCUCCAGGUGACAAGAUUCUGACUUGCCUCUGCCUCCCCAUUUCCUUCAGUCUUAGCAGCUUAAAAGGUCACAAACUUUUUCGCUUUAUCCUUAAAGGCAGUAAAUGUUCUACUUCAGGAUGGCCCAUCAUGGAGUAUUAGAGCCUUUAGAAGUCACAUUCCAGAGUGAGGCCCAAGUUAAAUGAUAUUUGGAUGUCUUCUUUGGCCAGAACUCAUUAAGACAUCAUGAAACAAGGAUACCUAAGGUUCAGUAUUUAAUGUUUUACUACCAAGAAAAUUCUGGAGCUUCUCUUUAAGGCUACUCACUAACAUAUGAAAAUUACGAUGCAGAUAUAUAGCUGGGGGAUAAAAUCCAAGUCCAGUAAAAUUGCUUUAGUUAGUAAACCUUAGGAUAUAAUUUGUUUUUGUGUGUGAGUUUUGUUUGUUUGUCUUUAAUGACAAGAUAAAUGUAUAACUAAAACUCAGUUCUGGAGUAUAAAAGGAGGUAUCGGGUUUAGACUAAAGAAUAUCCUAGACCUCUGGCAACAUGAUGGGCAGAAAUAACAUUAAUAGAUAAUUGCUACACACACCCCCGCCAAACCACCACCACCACCACACACAUAAAAUCAAGGACAUCCAGGGUACCAGAAACAGUCAACUGCAAGCCAGGGCAGAAAGUACCUAGUCCUGCAAGGAUAGAAGUGGCCCUGUGCCCUCAAACGGUAAGGAGCUGAAACAGACACCUUGCAUUAAGUUGAAGUCCUGCCCUCUCUGAAUACAGGAGAAGGAACAUUUCUUCCCAAGAAAGAAGCAGGACAUUUGUCUCUUCCCAGGGCUCUGUAUCAGAGAAAAAAAUAUCCAGGAUCCCUUAGGAAAUCAAAAUCCCAGCCUAUGCCACAAACAGAUGUAUGGUCUGAAACUCUACAAGCUACAUGAUGCAAGAACCACAAGUAAAUAAAUUAACAUAAAAACUUAUGCUACACUAGUUGAAACCACUCUGAACACAUUCAUAAUCCCAGAUGUUAGGAUCUCCCACAUUCUUGGUACUGUGACCAUGUACUGAGCCACAAAGCAAAUCUCAACAAAUACUAAAGAAUCAAUAUCAUACAUACUACAGUCUCUGACCACAAUGCAAUUAAAUUAGAAAUCAAUAACAAAAGGGUGAGGAGGGUACACACUAAGGGUAUAAAAUCAAGAUACAAAUUGUAAAAUUGCUGGACAUCAGUAACAUGUUAAUAUGGCAAAGUAUGUUCAGACUUUAAAACUUUCUUAGCAACUUACACAUUUGUAGUUCCAAACAUAUGUUUGGAAAUUUUUAAAUACUUCUAAAUAUUCAUGAUUAAAAGAAGAAAUCCAUUUCAUUUUUCAAAGGUAAGACUGUGAACAUAAAAAAAAAUCUACAAAUAAGGUUCUGAAAUCACAAAACAUAAAAAUCAGUAGUAGCCCUACUUAAACUACCAAUUCAAAAUUAUAAUUUUUACAAACAUAAUUUCAAUGAAAACUGGUCAUCUUUGAAGAAAUUCAUAAGACCUUCUAGGAGAAAAUUAUAGAACUUAAUUAAAAGAGUAGAAAAAGACCUAAUAAAUAGAUGUUGAUAGAUUAGACUCAUUGUCAAAAUGUCAGUUCUUCCCUAAAUAAGUCCAUAAAUAUUGUGCAGUUCCAGUCAAAACCCCAACAAGGUUUUUCCACAAAUAAGAGACUGCAGAUCGUAAAAUUUAUAAGCAAAUAUCGAGACAAUUUUAAAGAAAAAAUUAACGGGAGAAUGUGUCUUAACCAGAUACCAUGACUUUUUAUAAAGGUAUAGGAAUUCAAACUGUGUGGUUUUUGCCGUAGGGACCAACAGAUCAGUGGAUCAGAAUAGAAUGCAAAAACAGAUAUGGGAACUUGAUGUAUAACACAUCUGUGGGAAAUGUUUCAAUAAAUUAUGGUGGCACAGUGGGCUAUCCAUAUGGAGAUAUCCAUAUCCCUAGUUCACCUCAUACAAAAAAAUUAUGUGGAUUAAAGUUCUAAUGGGAAAAAGCACACUUUAGAAGACAGUAUAUUUUUUUUUUAUAUCAAGGGUGGGAAAAGGUUUUUGUUUAUGUCUGUAUACAUACACACAUCAGAAAGCACAAAACCAUAACUAAAUUUGGAUACAUUUAAAUUAACAGCACUACCUAUCAAGAAAAUGACCAAAAAAAAAAAAAA